UUGAGAUGCAGUACCACACACAGCCUGUAGGUGUGAUCGGUCAUUGUUAUGUCACAAUAGGCCUCUGUCUCUUCCUGUGUGUGCAGACUGAUCUUAGCACUUGGUUCAGAUUUGCUUUUGCUCCUCCAGUGACCCAGUAAUAACCCUCAUCAUCAACCAUCAGGAUCCAUCUCCUGCCAAAGCUCCUUCUAAAGAUUUGCACAAGGGUGAACCAAAUCAGGGCAAUGGACUCCCCAGCUGUAAUACUUGACAACGGGUCUGGACUAUGUAAGGCUGGGAUUGCUGGUGACAUGAUCCCAAAGUCUGUGUUUACCUCCGUUGUGGGUCGCUCCUGGAUAAGGUCAUCUAUGUUAGGAAUAGACCAGAGAGAAAGUUACAUCGGAGAAGAUGCCCAGUCCAGAAGAGGGGUCCUUACUUUGACACAUCCAGUAGAACGAGGCAUGAUAACAUCUUGGGAUGACAUUGAAAAAAUAUGGACUCACGUGUACGAUCAAGAACUUUGCUUAAAAGCUAGUGACCAUCCGGUCUUGUUAACAGAGGUCCCCUUCAAUUCUUUACAGAACCGUGAGAAGAUGGCAGAAAUCAUGUUUGAAGCGUUUGAUGUCCCAGGGAUGUAUAUUGCAUUACAAGCUGCCUUAACCCUAUAUUCUACAGGUUUGACCACUGGGAUGUUCGUAAAUAGCGGAGAUGGAGUCACCCAUAUGGUUCCAGUGUAUGAAGGCUACAUUAUGCCGCAUGCUGCUUCCAGACUUGAUGUGGCAGGAAAGGACAUCACUGAAUGCCUCAUGAGGCUCCUUUUGGAGAGUGGCCACACUUUUGUCAGCAGUGCCGAACAGGAAAUAGCCAGAGAAAUCAAGGAACGUCUUUGCUAUGUAGAGAUGGAUCCGAAGGAGAACAUGACGAGAGGGAAGACAGAACUAAGGCAGGUUUACAGUCUUCCUGAUGGAAACACCCUCAGCCUUGGCAGCCAGCUGUUCCAUGCCCCUGAGAUCCUCUUUGCACCAGCUAAUAUUGGUAUAGAGGCACCUGGCGUGCACGAACUGAUCUACAAAAGUAUCAUGAAAUGUCCCAUUGACGUACGCAGAGAUCUCUUCAAGAACAUCGUCCUGUCUGGUGGUACCACCUUGUUUCCUGGAUUUGAUGAGAGGCUCUCAAAGGAGCUGGAAGGUCUGGUACCAAAUGGAGUCACAGUAAAGAUGAUCCUUCCGGUGAACAGGCAGUACUCUGUAUGGACAGGGGCUUCCAUAGUCUCCAGUCUGUCCGUCUUCAGAGAUCUGUGGGUGACCAGCAGUGAUUAUAAGGAUAUUGGCCCGGCUGCAUUACAUAGAAAAUGCUUGUAG